AAUCUGACUUUAUGGAGUCUUCUUUUAAUUGACUUUCUCUACACUUUCUCCAUCUUUAUAUGUGGCUGUCUUAACUCUGUCCUAAUCCACGAUCAGUCAGCAUUUCUGCAACUGCAAUGGCGAAAUUUGAUAUUCCAGAGAUGAGAGAAUACAAAAGAGAGUAUCCACCAGAGCACUUCAUCGUGGAAAUAAAGCCAUACUCCUUGCUAUCAAACACCAAAGCAGAAAAGUACGAGUCUGGUGUCUUUGAUGCUGGUGGUUACAGAUGGAGGCUAUCACUUUACCCAAAUUACGAAACAACAAGUAAGAAGGGUUACAUCUCCCUCUUCUUGGUAUUAAUAGGGAGUGUGUCCGGGAAGCAGUCGCCGGCCGAAGUUUAUGCCACUUUUAGAUUGUUUUUGUACAAGAAUACACCUGAAACACAGGAAUACUUGACCAUAGAAGAUGGUUCUGGAAAAGUAAAUCACUUUCAUGAGGAGAUGAGGCAGGAGUUGGGUUUUGCAAAAUUUCUUCUCCGUUCGACUUUCGAGAAACGUUCUGAGGGAUACGUUUGGGACGAUUGCUGCAGAAUCGGGGCAGAGGUUUUUGUUCAUAAGGGCCAAACGAAAACUCUUGACGAAUAUCUUCCCCCUCAAGAACUCAAAAAUCCAACCUCAAGUGUCCGUAAGUUUAGGUUGGGAAGCAUCUCAUCAAAACGUGACCCAAAGUGUCUAUCUUCAGAUAAAUUUCAUCUUCAAGGAAGAAAAUGGAAGUUAAGUGUUUGUCAGAACGGAGAACCAGAGAACAAAUCACUGUCAUUUAUGUUAGAAUCGAAAGAAGAUUGGAAGAGCUUUCCGAGCUUUUAUGCAAAAUUCAGGGUUCGGGUAUUGGAUCGAGUCCAUGGUAAACAUACUAUUGAAAAAGAAGUUCAACACUGGUUCUGUUCCUCAAACCGCAAAAUUGUUUUCCCAGACUUUAUGCCGUGGAAAACUCUCCGUGACUCGUCGAAGGGGUUCAUUAAGAAUGAUGUAUUAACUGUUGAAGUAGAAAUAUGCUCGCUAUCUGUGGUUGAUGCUCCUAGAAUAUUAAAAAACCCAUAGUUUUAUGAUUAAGAUAGAUGUUUGCAGAUCUUUGAAUAGUAUUCGGAGCCCUGUGUGUAUAUGCUGUGCUAGAAUUGCAGAGUGGUGUAUUUGGAAUAUAUAAAAAUUUGUGUGAACUUUAUCAGAUAA